AUGAUGGAUGCCUUUAGGGAGGACGAGGAUUACAAGGCAAGGGUGGUUGCUGCUUUGGAAAAUGCAGAGGAGGAUGAGGACAAGUUGAUUGAAGAACGGCGCCGCAGGCGGCAGGAGAUCCUCAACAAGCACAGGCAGGAAGGCGAUGGGCAGGAGGAUAUCCGCCAGGAAGCAGCAGCUCAUCUGACGCCUGACGUGGUCCAAAGGCUGGACACACCGCCAACAGGCCGCACAUCCCCCGCAGCCUCCGACAGCAUCGUCUCGGCCACCCCCCCUCCUGACCGGCACCUGCUGGUCCAAGAGCUGGGGGCUGCUGCUGCAGCGGGGGGCUCUGGCCCACACGAACAGAACAGCCCCCCGGAGGACCAGAGCUCAGGCGAAGCCGCUGACACGACCCAGAUGCUCGAGGAGAAGGGCACCACAUCCACAGGGCUCGAUGCAGAGGACAUCUUCUGCGACGCGCCUGUUGGCAAAGGGGAUGGUGGUGCAGAGGGCAAAGCUGCUCGCAAGGCAUCUGCUGGCAAGGGGCUGGCUGACGCAUAUGACGACCCUGACGGCUACUACAACUUCCAGUUCGGAGAGAUCAUUGGGCAGCGCUACGAGGUGUUUGCGAGCAAGGGGCGGGGGGUGUUCAGCACGGUUGUGCGCGCUUGGGACAGGUCAAGGAGGAACGGGGAGGGCAGGCACCGGGAGGUGGCGAUCAAGAUCCUUCGGUCCAAUGAUGUGAUGAAGAAGAGCGGCCAGGCUGAGGAGCAGAUCCUGAAGCUGCUGGCAUCCACGGACCCUGAUGACAGGCGGCACUGCAUUCGGCUCCUGAGCUCCUUUGAGCACCGGGGCCACCUCUGUUUGGUGUUCGAAGUCAUGGAAAUGAACCUCCGCGAACUGACGGCGAAGUUUGGCCGCAAUGUGGGCCUUAAUAUCAAUGCUGUGGGCCACUACACAGCGCAGCUGCUGGAUGCACUGCGGCACCUCAAGGCGAACGAGAUACUGCAUGCAGAUAUCAAGCCAGACAACAUACUUGUCAACGACAAGUUCUCGAAAGUCAAAAUCUGCGACUUUGGGAGCGCGAUGGCCUCUGGGGAUGCCGAGGUGACGCCCUACCUUGUGAGCCGCUUCUACAGGGCCCCCGAGAUCAUACUGGGCCUGCGAUAUGAUUACCCGAUGGACUUGUGGUCAGUUGGCUGUGUCGUGUACGAGCUGUUCACUGGCAAGAUCUUGUUCCCUGGGAAGUCGAACAACGAGAUGCUGAAGCUGAUGAUGGACGUGAAAGGACCCUUCCCAAAGAAGAAGUUGAAGAAGGGGAGAUUCCAUGAGGAGCACUUUGAGAGCGACCCCAACAUGUCCUUCAUUCAGGUCGAUACUGACCCAGUGACCAAGAAGCCGAUCAAGCGUCUCAUCGUCAACCCCACUGUGAAGAAGGAUUUCAAGGCACUGCUGCUUCAGAAUGCUGGGGACUCGGACCGUGAGCUGGUGCUGCUGCUGGCCGACCUUCUGGACAAGAUGAUGGCCCUGGACCCGGAGCAGCGGAUCGACCUUGAAAAAGCCCGCAGGCACCCCUUCCUAAAGAAGAUCCUCCAAAAGGCGGUCAAGGGCACGACCAACUAG